UCAAAAUAAGUGCAAAAAUAAGAUUUAUCCCACGCUUAAUAUCUUUCCCUUGUCUCUCAAAUGUAAAGAAUGACAUAGUCCUUCGUCCUCCGUGCUUCGUUUCAGAUCCAUCGGAGAUGGCUUCGAAUCUCGCUCGUCGGAUGAUCCGUCGCCCUCCUGCAACAUUGUUCCUCUUGAGAAGUAAUGGACAUGUUCGGCACUUUAGCCAUCAGAUUCUCCUAGGUGGCUCUAUCUGUGCAAAGCCUAUGAGGGAAGCUACAACAUUUCUCCCAAGAGCCUCCUCUUACCUAUUAUGGAGUAGGUCAUUUGCUUCUGAGAGCGGUGACCUUGUCGAUGCUGUUGUUCCAUUCAUGGGUGAAUCUAUAACUGAUGGGACUUUAGCAACUUUCCUGAAGAAACCUGGUGAUAGGGUUGAAGUUGAUGAACCAAUUGCGCAGGUUGAAACUGACAAGGUGACUAUUGAUGUAGCUAGUCCUGAAGCUGGCAUUAUCCAAAAGUUCAUUGCCAAGGAAGGGGAUACAGUCACUCCAGGAACAAAGGUUGCUGUUAUCUCCAAGUCUGCUCCAGCAGACACUCAUGUUGCUCCAUCAGAUGAAAAAGUAGGUAAAGAUACUACAUCUCCUGCCAAGAAGGAGAAUAUCAAUAAACAAAUGCCAAAAGUGGAAGCUCCCAUCAAAGAGAAGCCAAAAACACCAUCCCUCCCACCUCCCAAAGCUUCACCUUCAGAACCUCAGCUACCUCCUAAAGAAAGAGAAAGACGAGUUCCUAUGCCAAGACUAAGAAAAAGGGUUGCAACACGUUUGAAGGAUUCACAGAAUACGUUUGCAAUGCUGACUACUUUUAACGAAGUUGACAUGACUAAUCUGAUGAAGCUCCGUUCUGAUUAUAAAGAUGCCUUUGUGGAAAAGCAUGGUGUGAAGUUGGGACUUAUGUCUGGUUUUGUCAAGGCUGCUGUUUCUGGACUUCAAAACCAGCCAAUAAUUAAUGCAGUCAUUGAUGGUGAUGAUAUUAUAUACAGGGAUUACAUUGAUGUCAGCAUAGCUGUUGGUACACCUAAGGGCCUUGUGGUUCCAGUAAUCCGUAAUGCUGAUAGAAUGAAUUUUGCGGAAAUAGAGAAGGAGAUUAACACCCUUGCAAAGAAGGCAAGCAACGGGACAAUAUCCAUAGAUGAGAUGGCUGGAGGAACAUUCACAAUCUCCAAUGGUGGAGUCUAUGGAAGCCUUCUGAGUACACCGAUCAUCAACCCCCCACAAUCUGCGAUCUUAGGCAUGCACUCCAUAGUAUCUCGCCCUAUGGUGGUUGGUGGCAACAUUGUCCUGAGGCCAAUGAUGUAUGUUGCACUGACCUAUGAUCAUAGAUUAAUUGAUGGAAGAGAAGCUGUUUUCUUCCUGCGACGUAUUAAAGAUGUGGUUGAAGAUCCACGAAGGCUUCUCCUUGACUUGUAGGCACAUCAGAUUACUGAUGGCACGAGAGAGAUUUUUUUAUCACUUGAUAACAUGUCUCGAACCAAAAAAAUUGGUAGGCUUCUCGGUGCAUCAUUUACGAGUUCAUAUACAAGCUCUCGGCAACCACAAUGAAUUGCAUCAUGACUUGUGUUUUUGCUAAAGCAGAGGUCUUUCAUUUGACUCCCCGUGGAAUUUGGAUUCCACCGUCACAUUGAACAUUGAUUUGUAAGAUUGUAUUUACUUUAGCUACAAUUUGUUCAAGUUCAAUAUCGAGUGAAAGCACGACACGGGCUCAUUCAGGCUUUCACACUCGAUGUUUCUUAGCAUUGUACAAUUGCUUGGUCGUCCAAGUCUGUAAGGCAUACUUUGAGCUGCAACAAUUACACGUACCCCUCCCUUUCGGGGCAUGAUCAUAAAAUAGCUGGUUGUCGAAGGUAA